CCGUACGGAGGAGGUGUCACCGCCGCUUCCUCGCGGAGCGGCGCCGGCCGCGCCAUGGAGCUCCUGCAGCCGGCCGCCUUUCUUCUCCUUCUCCCCCUCCUGCUUGUCCCGCUGGCGCUCCUGGCCAGGAGGCGCCGCGGCCGACGGACACCUCCGCUCAGUCUCCUGGUGGUGGCUGGCUCCGGUGGGCACACAACAGAAAUCCUGAGGUUACUUAGCUGUUUGUCAGAGUCCUACUCUCCUAGACAUUAUGUUUUAGCAGACUCAGAUAAGAUGAGUGAAGCUAAAAUACGUUCUUUUGAACAAAAAAGGUCUGAAACAUUCCCUAAAUCCCAGUUCACCCUUCAUCGCAUUCCCAGAAGCCGUGAGGUUAGACAAGCCUGGAUCUCCUCUGCAGUAACAACCCUAUACUCUAUGCUUUACUCUCUUCCUUUGACCAACAAACUGAAACCAGAUUUGAUAUUGUGCAAUGGACCAGGAACAUGUGUUCCUGUCUGUAUAUCUGCUCUUCUUCUUGGCCUUCUAGGAAUAAAGAGAUCAAUCAUUGUAUAUGUAGAGAGCAUCUGCCGUGUGGAAACUUUAUCCCUCUCUGGAAAGAUCCUUUACUACUUUUCAGAUUAUUUCAUCGUUCAGUGGCCUGAUCUAAAGGAAAAAUAUCCCAAGUCAGUAUAUCUUGGUCGAAUCGUGUAACAACAGAAGACAAGCUUUACCUAAAAUAAACUCUGCAAACUCCUCACUGAAGAAUUGCAUUCAUGUAGCAAGUUAUUUUCAAGAAUUACCAUUAAGAAAUUAGGCUGGUACUAGAAAAUGAGGCAAUAAUAAAGAUAUAUCUACAUUUAAGUAAAAUUUUUGUGUAGUUGUAUUUAUUGCUGUCGUGUAGGUCUGUUUACCCCAUAAUGGCUUUUAAGUCGAUGCUGUCUCUGUGUUCGUCUAGUUUUCCUGCUAUGUGAAUGGGAAUUUUUGUCUACAAAUAAAUAUGGGAAUUUGUAUGAAUGUAACAUUUCCUUUAAGGAAACUUUGUGUAGUUUUCUAAAUUGUAAGCAACAAAGUCUUUUUCUAGCACAACAGACUUUAUUUCCUGUAUGCUAGCAGUGAAGUCCCUUGUGAAUCCUUAGAGUAUAAAGGAAACAGUUAUAUUAAGUUGGCUUCAUGACAGUUUGUACUCUACAGUCUUCCAAACCCCCCAAAGCAUUAAACCAGUGUCAUUUUUCCUCUGGUCUUGUCAAAGCUGUCCUUAUAAUCUGUUGUGCACCUU